CCCCCCCUCCUCCUCCAUCCUCCCUCCCCCGUCGUCCUCCUCCUUCCCACGCCCCAGUGCGCGGUGGGAUAGUGCCACUAUAAAGUAUAUCCUCUCUCGGAGAAAUAUAAGAAGCCCGAGACAGGAGGGUGAUGAAGAUGGCGGACGCCAAGCAGAAGAGGAACGAGCAGCUGAAGCGGUGGCUGGGCUCCGAGACGGACCUGGAGCCGCCGAUCCUCAAGAAGAAGAAGACGAAGGUGAAGUUCGACGAUGGCGCCGUGUUCCUGGCCGCCUGCUCCAGCGGCGACACGGAGGAGGUGCUCCGAAUGCUCGACCGCGGUGCCGACAUCAACUACGCCAACGUCGACGGUCUCACCGCCCUCCACCAGGCGUGCAUCGACGACAACGUCGACAUGGUGACUUUCCUGGUGGCCCACGGAGCCAGCAUCAACCAGCCUGACAACGAGGGCUGGAUCCCGCUCCACGCCGCCGCCUCCUGCGGGUACCUGGACAUUGCAGAGUAUCUCAUCAGUCAGGGGGCCAGCGUGGGAGUCGUCAACAGCGAGGGCGAAACGCCUCUGGACAUCGCCGAGGAAGAGGCCAUGGAAGAGCUCCUCCAGAAUGAGAUCAACCGGCAAGGGGUCGACAUCGAGGCGGCCCGCAAAGAGGAGGAGCGGAUCAUGCUGCGGGACGCCCGGCAGUGGCUCAACAUCGGCCAGAUCCAGGACAUCCGGCACGCCAAAUCUGGAGGAACGGCGCUCCACGUGGCCGCCGCGAAAGGCUACGUGGAGGUUUUAAAGCUUUUAAUCCAAGCAGGGUAUGAUGUAAAUAUUAAGGACUAUGACGGCUGGACUCCUCUCCACGCAGCAGCGCACUGGGGCAAAGAGGAGGCCUGCAGGAUUCUGGUGGACAACCUUUGUGAAAUGGAUGUCAUUAAUAAGAUGGGCCAGACACCUUUCGACGUCGCGGAUGAAGACGUGCUGGGAUACUUGGAAGAGCUGCAAAAGAAACAAAAUCUGCUGAUGAGCGAGAAGAAAGACCAGAAGAAAUCUCCCUUGAUUGAGAGCACAACCACGGGGGACAACAACCAAUCACUGAAACCACUCAAGAGCAAAGAAACACUGCUGCUGGAGCCCGAGAAGACCGCUCCACGCAUCGAGACUUUGGAGGCGGAGAAGGCGGACGAAGAGGAGGAGGGGAAGAAGGACGAAUCCAGCUGCUCCAGCGAAGAAGAGGAGGAGGAGGAUUCAGAGUCGGAGAAUGAAGCAGAUAAGAGCAAGCCUUCAGCGUCGGUGAGCAACAGCACGACGGCCCCCCCGGCCAGCAUCACCGUGUCGUCACCCAGCAGCCCCACCCACCAGCUGACCAGCCCCCCGUCGCCUUCCAAGAAGUUUGAUUGUGUUGCCCCCCCCAUGCCCGUGGCGGAGCCGGGCUGUCCUGCACUGUGGCGUCAAGGCUUGCGCAAAACUGGCAUUUCUCUGGUGCCCAAAAAAGCCACGGUCACCACGCCGCCCACAGCCACGGCCAAAGUGGAGGACGACCGCAAGGACGAAUCCCCGUCCUCGUGGCGCCUGGGCUUGAGGAAGACGGGCAGCUACGGAGCGCUGGCGGAGAUCACGGCCACCAAGGAGGCGCAGAGGGAGAAGGACACGACGGGGGUGAUGCGCUCGGCCUCCAGCCCCCGUCUCUCCUCCUCCUUGGACAACAAAGACAAAGAGAAGGAAAAGGACAAAGGAACCCGGCUGGCAUAUGUGGCCCCCACCAUCCCCAGGAGACUGGCCAGUACAUCAGACAUCGAUGAGAAGGAAAACAGGGACUCGUCCACGGCGCUCAUACGUAGCGGCUCCUACACCCGGCGGCGCUGGGAUGAUGACCUGAAGAACAGUGAAGGAACCACCUCCACCAAUAGAAGCUCUAGUUACCAACGAAGCACGUCCCACACGCUAGCGCUAGGGCGGAGUGGCAGCACGCGGGACGUGCCGGCCAAGUCUUCGUCCACCUCCAGCUUGGAUCCUAACACCUGUAACACUAAACCCUGGCAGCCGCCCGCCUCCCACUACCAGUCGUACAGCAUUUACCGCAGCGGCUCUUUCGGUAGGCGAUAUGACGACUUGAGCUCUUCGACGGCCACCACCGCCCCCUCCUCCUCAUCUUCCUCCACCACAACCACCACCACCUCCUCAUCUGUUACCUCACCCACGGGCCCCCGUGGCCUGCUCUCCAGCCUGGGCUCCUCCUCCGCACGCACUGGCUCCACCAGUCUCACCAGCAGGUACUGGUCAGAGGAGAGUGCCGAGAGGGAAAAGGACAAGGAGCGGGAGUCGGCAGCGGUCAUCCCCACCAUGAACACUGGCUUCACCUCCACCUCCACCGGCACGUCGACCACCACCGCCAUCACAGGCACUGGCCCCGAACGACGCAGGUCCUACCUGACACCCGUGCGAGACGAGGAGUCCGAGUCCCAGAGGAAAGCUCGCUCCAGACAGGCCAGACAGUCUAGGAGGUCUACCCAGGGGGUCACACUAACCGACCUGCAAGAGGCCGAGAAGACCAUCGGCAGAAGUCGCACCUCCAAGACCCGCGAGGAUGAGAAGGAGGAGAAACAGGACAAGGAGAAGCAGCAGGAGGAGAAGAAGGAAUAUGAAGCCAAGGAGGACGACUACCGACCCAAGUACCGCAGCUUUGAAGACCGCUACCGCACCACCUCUUCCUCCUCCUCCAUGUCGGCGCUCGGCACCACCUCGGCUCCGUCUUACUCCAGCACCACGUUGAGCUCCAGCUGCCUCAACAGGCCGAACAGUCUCACGGGGAUCACCUCCUCGUACGGCCGCUCGUCCAGAGACAGUGAGAAAGAAACCGACAAGAAGGAGGAGGAGAAGGAGGGCGACGACAAGUCCCAGCCUCGCUCCAUACGGGAUCGCAGGCGGCCCCGCGAGAAGAGACGAUCCACCGGGGUCUCCUUCUGGACCCAGGAUGGCGAUAACGACCCUGAACACCCGUCUGACUCGGAGGAAGGCAGCAUCAAGGGAGAGGUGGACAGGCUGUCCAGAACCGACGGCAGCACUUCCUCCUUAGACCGCAACGACGCUCUCCUCGGCCGCAGCUACAGCGAGAGUCGCAGGCCGUACUCCAGCCGGCUGGACAGAGACGACGCCACAGACUAUAAAAAGCUCUACGAGCAGAUCUUAGCUGAGAACGAGAAGCUGAAGGCGCAGUUACGCGACACGGACCUGGAGCUGGCCGACCUGAAGCUGCAACUGGAGAAGGCCACGCAGAGGCAGGAGCGCUACGCCGACAGGUCGCAGCUUGAGAUGGAGAAAAGGGAAAGACGGGCUCUGGAAAGGAAGAUUUCUGAGAUGGAGGAGGAACUGAAGAACCUCCCCCAGGUAAAGCAGGUUCAGGCGCUGCGGCAGGCGAAGGAGCGGCUGCAGGCAGAGAACCGGGCGCUGGCCCGCGUGGUGGCCAAGCUCUCCCAGUCCGCCUGCAGCCAGCUGCCCGCCGUCGACCUCUAGAGCCACGCCCCCUCUCCGCCAUCCUCCACUUCCUCCUUCCUUUUCACCCCCACACCCCCUCCUCAGCCGCUCUGCUCCAUUCCCCGCCCCGCCCACAGAUGCUCCCAGACCUGAAGGCAGACAACCAGAGGCUAAAGGACGAGAACGGGGCCCUCAUCCGAGUCAUUAGCAAGCUUUCCAAGUAGACCCCCACCCCCCCACGUCUCUCUAGCCCCCCCCCCUCUGGCAGCGACUCAUGGAAUUGCACAUCUAGAUGUUAAGGCAAGAGACUUUUAUUGUUGUUGUCCCACUGCAGCGCCGCCCGCCCCCCCUUCCACCCCCCCCGGUCAUCAUAGACACCCCCAGUUUACAGCGUGCACGAGCAUCAUGGGCGGGGGAGCCAGCUCUAUUUAACCCGUAAGCCUUAGUUGUACAGACGGAGGAACGCUCCUGAUGGUGAUGAUGAUGAUGACGAUGAUGAUGAUGAAUAUCCAACACCUGAUUUUAUUUGUGCCACGCCUUCUUUUAUUUUGGUCUACGUGUGCUGUGCCACUUCCUCCCCACCCCUUUUUUCUUUUUUUUUUUUUUUUUAAACACGAGGGUCACGCGUGCACACACACACACACACACACACACUCACUCACUCUGUCGUCACCCCCUGCCCCCGCCCCCCCAGCUGUGUGGUCUUCCUCCAGGAGGGAAGAGGCGCAGACGGAGGUGGAACAGAAGCUUCCACCUCAUGUGCAAUAUUCUUUUCUGAUGCUUUCCUGAGCCGCCACCCCUGCCGCCCCGCCCCGCCCCCCGUGGGUCCGUGGGUGCGCCGUCACCGUCCCGAAAGGAUGGGAAGCUAAGUAAGGGACGCUCGUCUUCUGACCCCAAACAUUUCAGUCUAGGUUGGCUUAUAAUCUCGCGUGGCGCUCGCCCUGCUUGUUUUCAACACGACCUCCGUAGGACUUCCAUUACGACCUCCAUACGACCUCUGACCCCUGCUCCCCACGCUAACUCUUCAUGCAUUUCAGUGGCCUUUUUAAGGAUUUUAGUCCAGGAAGGGGGGAGUGGAACACAGAAGUUGCUGCAAAUAGACUGAUCUACUCUGGUUACGUUCUAUUUUAUUCCUGAUGAUGAUGACGAUGACGACGAUGAUGAUGAUGGUGUAAAAUAGGGGUGUGGCUUAAAUACAUGCAAGCUGUGCUGUGACUACCAACCACUGAAGACUUCAUUCAAAAUAAACUUGUACAUUGUAAACCUCUCUCUCUCUCCCUUUCUCUCUCUCUCUUUCCCCCCCUCCCUCGCCCCUAAAAAGACUCUUUUCCUUUCAUUUCUCUAAUACACGUUCUACUUUUAAAAUGCAUUGUAAUUAAUUAAUUAAAUAUCUUUAUUGGUUUUUCAUGUGCAUUUAUUCCCCCAAUAAGAAAAUGAACCAUUUAGCUACAGAUGCAGCAAUACUCCUUUUCGCCACUGGAGGGCGCACUACACCACAAUCCACAAAAGCCAAUACGCUGCAGUAUGCGUAGGUUCCCCAAAUAGUAAUAGUAAGUAAACAGUGUACUACUCAACUGUAUUUUAAUGUCAUAACCAUUAACGUUUUUAUAUUUCUCUCUCAUUUAGACUAAUUAAGUUCUAAUUAGAAUGUGACUGAUCAACUUCAGAGAUUGGACACAAUCUGACCGCACCUCGUCCUGGCUGUAGCAUUUUUGUAUCCUGGUUUGAAACAUUCCUCCUCAUCCUCCAUCAACCCAAGAUUCAUUUAGAGAACUGUAGUAUCAAUACAGUACUACAGUGUCAAUAGUACAUGCAGGUAAGAGCGCUAGGUGCUAGCACAACAGGAAGCCUGCAGUCCUGCAGAAGGUCAACGCAGCAUCCAUAGAUCGCUCUAGUAGACCACUAGGAUGCAGAACAAAAGGAGCAAGUCAGCUAAAGGUAUACCAGAGUCCAUCUUUU